CUUGCGUCAGACGCCAAGAGAAUGGUCGACGCAGGAUGCGACUGGCUUCACCUGGACAUCAUGGACGGGUAUGCGCGGAGAAGUUCUGUGAAUUCUCCGUUUUUGGAUUUCCUCGCGUCAGGGGCUUUUCCAGAAGAAGGCAAAUCUUUCAUUGUGGUCCUUCAAUCUCGUCUUUUUUUUCCUUGUCAAAAGUCGGCUUCCAGCUAGGACUGUUAGAGUUGCACUUUGAGUUCUUCCACGUUUCUCGUUGCCUGCGCUGGCUCUCCCUGGGCGCCUCUUUUUUACAAGAAAGUCUCCUCUUCCGUCUCACACGGCUCUCUGUCAGUAACCUCGACACCACCCUUCACCCGGCAUCCGUGCUCUCUUCUGCUGGUCAUUUUCUCGCUUUUUCUCUCUCCGUCUCUCUCAAGGAGCCGCUUCGGUUUCUUCUUCCCUCCUCUGCGUCGCUCUCGCGGUGUAUAUGGGAGUCCAAGCCGAGCUGCAGCACCCUGUUUCUGGCCCUGCUCUUUCUUCUUUGUUUUUCGUGCUCUGUGGAGCACCGCACCGUGUGUCUCUCUCUGUCGGUCCCGGUCUUUGCUUCAGCGCUCUCUGUUUCGCACCUCCCUCUUUCUCUGUCUCCUUUCGCGUUCUGUUCACUCGUGCGAACGCGCGCGCCCUGUCUGCUCGAGCUCGCCUCGCGGCUCUGUCGCUGUGUUUUCAGGCACUUUGUACCGAAUAUUUCGUUCGGCCCCGGCGUGGUGAAGGCUCUUCGCGGCCAUCUGAAGUCGGCUUUUUUCGACGUCCACCUGAUGGUUUCCGAACCUGAAAAGUGGAUUCAGCCGUUUGCGGAUGCGGGUGCGAAUUCGAUCACUUUUCACUGGGAGUCUGUGGGCGGAGAUCUGCAGAGAGCCGCUGAACUCGCCAAGCGGAUUCAAGCGCGAGGCAUCAAGGCAGGACUCGCCAUCAAACCUGCAACCAAGUUCGAAGACCUCGGCGAAGCACUCGCGGGAGACAACUUCGACAUGCUGCUGGUCAUGACUGUCGAGCCAGGCUUCGGCGGCCAAAAAUUCAUGGCGGACAUGCUCCAAAAAGUCCGAACUGCUCGCUCGUUGUUCCCCAAACUCAACAUUCAGGUGGACGGAGGCCUGGACGGCGAGACGGUGAAACCUGCAGCGUCUGCGGGGGCGAAUGUGAUUGUCGCGGGAACGAGCAUGUUCAAAGCGGAGAAUCCGGCAGCGCUGAUGACUUUUAUGCGCGAUGUGAUCGCUGCAUCCGAUACUUUGUGAACGAAACAGACUACGGAGACCGCACAGGCGCGAAAGGCGAAGAUGCAGAAGUGACAAGGAUAUAUGGCAUUCAGUAAGACAGCCACCCUUGCAUCCCCUCGUCGCUAUAAAUGCAUACAUUUGUAUUCAUAUAUAUAUAUAUAUAUACAUGUUCGCAUGUAGGUAUAUGCAUUCGCACGCUGGCGUAUGUGUUUCUUUUCUCGAAAACAGUAGCGUUGCUUAGAGGGGUGGAGAGAGAGAAGAUCACGAGGCAUCCUGAGAACGCGUGAGGAGGCGAGAGGAAACGCCUAGCGAGAAGAGGAACGAGUAGAGGAGGGAGGGCUCCUGAGAGUGAGGAAAGACAGAAGUCACAGGGAGAGUGAGAGGUGGCGACAGAGGUUAGAAAGAAAAGAGAACGAGAGACGAAAAGCGAACUGCAGGGGAACAGAGGGAAAGGAGAGUCGAAGGGGAAGCAAGAAGAGGCGCAGCAGACUUGACUUCGUCCCUUUUAGGCAACCAAUCCGGAGAGAGUGCUCCUGCAAACUCUUUUCUCUACCAGGUUUCAUCUAACACUGUCUUCCAAAGUCUGUAACCUGAACCGGCGUCUUGCUGAGGUGUACAUACACCGCGGAAAAGUAACCGUUCCACAAGAGGUGUCCCAGAGCAACUGUCGGACGAGAGAAUUUGAAUGCAAAGGAAAGAA